UACGCGACAGCAGCACACCGCCUGGCUCAGGUCUACCCGUGUCACAUACUCUAGACCUGAAUCUCUCGCACAAGCCACAGGUUGUAAAGGUGACAGUCAUGUUGGCAAAAACAGAGGAAAGGAAGACACAGAAAGGAGGAGAAAAAAAGAGGAGACAUGCUGGUGAGGAUGGAGGUGGAGGAGAGAAAAAGAAGAAGGGUCCUGGAGAUGGUGCAAGGAAACGUCUGGAUGCCCUGAGUGUAGGCUAUUUCCGCCGAGUCGGGGAAAGACUGGGUGAAGGAUUUGAAGAUGAGGAAGAGAGAGUGAUGUUUGUGGAGAACGUUCUCUUAGAAGUAAAAGGUAAAGCGAUGCUGGUGGCAAUGGACCAGACAGGAAGCAUCACUCUGCAGCGGCUGCUCUCGCUGUCCAGCCUCGAGCAGGGGGCAGAGGUGCUGGCAGAACUCGGCGGCGACUCGGGCAUGCAGUUUAAAGAUGUUUCUUGUGAUCGGUGUGGCGGCCAUGUUGUGGAGAGUGCAGUCAGACAGAUGUCCAGAUGGACUGAGCCGCCUGCUACCACAGAAGAAGAAGAGGAGGAGGAGGAGGUGAGCUGUGGACUCCUGGAGGCGCAGGUGUUGUCUCUAAGUCAGGUGGUCAGAGACAACAUUGGAGAGUUCAUCAAACAUGUUCACGGCUCACAUGUGGUCCGCACACUUUUACACGUGUUGGCAGGCUGUGUAGGACCCCCCCGCACUGAGUCUCAUCCAGGUGCGAGAGAUCGCAGCGCCGCUCCUCAGCUGACAGACUUUGAGAUCCCCACGUCGUUUUGGUAUGAGCUGAAAAGCCUCACGGAGACCUUGAUGGAAAAUGUGAACCUGAGUGUGACAGAUGCUGUUGCCAGUGCAGUGUUCCAGACCAUGUUGACUGUGUGUCACAGAAAACGGCCCAAACUCGGCAAACAGCUCCUCACAGGAAUCAUGGAGUACCUGACGAGUCGCAGCGCUGCUCCGGGAGUUAGUCCACUUCUGGUCUUUCUGAAGGAUCAGGCCUCCAGUCACCUCCUUGAGAUGAUCAUACAGCUCUCCCACAAGUCCCUUCUGCGUGAUCUCUACAAGAAUCAUCUCAAGGGUCAGCUGGUCGACCUCGCUCUCCACCCUAUUGCCAACUUCCCCAUACAGAGGCUGACUGCAGCCUCUGCCAAACACAAGAUGUUCGUGAACUUGUUUGAUGAGUUGGUCCAAGGUGUGGAGGCCAUCUUGGCUGUGGGUCACAUGGGUGUGAUCGUCCAACUGGCCGAGAGCUGCGCAGAGAGCGAGGAGAAACAGGACGAGAUGAUGCAGUGUCUCUUACAUGCGUUCCACUGCGCUGAGCCUGGCUCCCGUCUCGUCUGCUGCCUCCCUCUCUUCAUGUCCCUGCUCGCCUAUGAGGUGUACUACCACACGGACACAGAUGAGGGCAGCACACAGACAGAGGUCCCACUGUCCUCCAUCUGUUACCACGGCUCCCGGCUGGUCCAGGCGUUGGCCAGGUUCAAAGAGCGCUCGCUCCUCCUCAGCAGCCUGCGCACUCUAAAUCCCGCUGACCUCCUGAAGCUGGCAUCGGACCCUGCGGGCAGCCAUGUCCUCCAGGCCCUCAUCACCACGUCCAGUGACAAGGGGAGGGGCAAGAUCCUCAGGAGACUGGAGGGUCUGUACGUCCAGUUGGCCUGCUCCAGACUGGGCAGUCGUGUGCUUGAAGCCAUAUGGAACAGUGCAUCAGUCAAUCAGAGGCAAAGCAUCGCGCAGGAACUCGUUCCAAGUGAAAGCCAGCUGAGGUCCAAUCAGUUUGCUCGUCACGUUUGGGCCAAAUUUGCCCUCUCCCACUUUUUACAUCGACGCGCCCACUGGCAGGAAAUACAGACUGGAGAGUCCAAGAAGCGGAAGCUUUUCAGCGACUUACUGGAGUAACAAGUACAUACUUGUACAAUCUUUUUACAUCUUGAUUUGAAAAUAAAUUAAAAAAAAGGAUUUUUA